AUGGCCUCCCUGUUCUCUGGACACAUCCUGAUUCGCAACAACAGUGACCAGGAUGAGCUGGACACAGAGGCUGAACUCAGCCGCAAGUUGGAGAACAGACUAGUGCUGUUAUUCUUUGGUGCUGGGACAUGCUCGCGGUGCCAGGCCUUCCUACCUGUCCUCAAGGACUUCUUCACACAGCUCACAGAUGAAUUCUAUGUGCUGAGGGCUGCACAGCUCACCCUGGUGUACGUGUCCCAGGACUACUCAGAGGAGCAGCAGGACCUGUUCCUCAGAGACAUGCCCAAGAAGUGGCUCUUCCUGCCUUUUGAGGAUGACCUGAGGAGGGACCUCAGACGCCAGUUCUCUGUGGAGCGUCUCCCCACAGUCGUGGUACUGAAGCCAGGCGGGGAAGUGCUCACGAGGGAUGCGACCGAGGAGAUCCGGCGUCUGGGCCCAGCCUGCUUCGCCAACUGGCAGGAGGCGGCGGAGCUGCUGGAUCGCAGCUUUCUGCUGCCGGAGGACCUGGACGACCCCGCGCCGCCGCGGAGCCUCACUGAGCCGCUGCGCCGGCGCAAGUACAGUGUGGAGCCGGCGAGGCGGACGCGAGGCAGCCCAGACGAGGGGCGCAGCCCCGCCGGGGAUCCCGAGGCUGGGAGCUGCUCUGAUCUCUGA